AUGCUGGAACUCAAGCGAGGGGCGCGUCGACAAGAUCCCUCCGUCGAGGCAGCCAUUAAGCAGUGUGGAAGGACAAAGCAGUGGACCGCAGCGUUAGAAUUACUCCGCGGAGCGUCCCGAAGUAGUUCGACAGCCAGUACAGGUUACUACAUGGCCGCUGUCAGCACAUGCAGCAAGGGCAGACAGUGGCAUUGCGCGUUGGCGCUGCUCAGCGAGAUGUGGGAGGUGAAGCUGGAGCCAGACUCAGCUACAGCGCUGGGAUCAGCGCGUGCGGGAAGGGUGAGCAGUGGCAGUGGGCUGUGUCUCUUCUCAGGCAGGUCUGUGAAGCGGAGCUGGAGCCCGACGUCUUGA